AGCGUCUUCAUCACGUUUCUAGAAAUAGUGCUUGAUUGCCUAUAAAAGAAACUGAAUCCUGCAUAGCAUCAUUUUGGUAUAAAACAUUCACUGAAGAAGAAACAACAAGACUGAGAAGAACAUUGAAGAUGCGGGGAGACCUUUUCGGAGAUCCUCGGGCCGGCAGUUUUCCACGCGUUCAAGCGACUGGAAAUCCCUUCGACGGUUUUGGUGGGUUUUACGGAGAAAGACCUCGUUCGUUUUGGGAAGAUCCCGUUUAUUUUCCAUCUGAGAAGCCAAGAAGAGUUUCCAACCGGAAGAAAACGAGACGGGUAGUAGAAGAAGAUCGACAAUCAGACGGCGAAACAAUCAUCCCCACGCGAUUCUUGCACAGGGAAAAACCCUGGGACAAGAAAGUGAAAAAAGACGGAAAACAAACUUGUCCGUCACAGCUAAAGUUAUCACAACACGCCAGGGAUGUUCCCAUUCCUAUAGAGAUUCGGUUUGGAGAAGAAAAUGGUCUGAACGAGGGGUUCGCGGAAACUUCUCUCGAGGAGGUGCAUUGGGAUGACAGCAAGCAACUUUCAAGAGAUCAGACUUCAUCUGUUGAACCUCGAUGUACAGAGAAAGAGGAGAAAGGUGCAUCAGACAUAAAUCAAACAACUGCUAUUGCGGAUGACUCUCAACUUGAAACAAAAACCGCCGAGAAACAGAAGUUCGACGAAAUCGAGAGUGUAUUAGCAAAAGCGAAGGAACUUAUCCCACGAGUUGAAGCUUUCAAAGGAUCGAAGCAAGAUAAAGAAUAUUUGUACUUGGAAGAACACUUAACUCGUUGCCUUCUUAGUUUAGAUUUAGUCGAAACAGAUGGACAAGGAAAGUUGAAAUCUGCUCGCAGAGCGGCGGUGAAGGAGAUUUUGUCCAUUGGCAAUGAUUUAGAAGCGCGUGUCCCUGAGAAAUUAGAUAAUUAACUAAAAUAUAUUUUUUUAAUUUUGUACAAAAGCUUUUCAAGGUUGUUUAGAACUUUCCCUGAUCGUGUGAAUAAAAUGUCUGAUCAUCCAAAUAUAAAAUAGUAGAAUAAAAGUACUUUUAUUAUUUUA